AUGGAUAGCAGAUUUUCGGUUUAUGUCAGGGUUCGACCAAUGAUAAAAGAAGAUGUUGUACUUUUUAAAAAAAUCAGCCAAUCACCAGAAGUUUGUACAAAAUGCCAUGAAGAUAGCACCCAUUUAUAUUUGGUAAAACCCUAUUUUGAUGACAGGGAGUUUGUGUUUGAUCGUGUUAUAUCUCCUGAAAUCUCUCAGCCUGAAGUGUUUGACCUUGUAGGUCGAAAUGUAGUAGAUGAGGUAAUUAAUGGGUAUAAUGGUACCAUGAUUGCUUAUGGGCAAACUGGCACAGGCAAAACAUACACCGUCUUCGGCUCUCGAUCUGCAAUUGAUUAUUAUGGAGAAGGCUAUCACGAAGAAGGAGGAGUCGUCCCAAGAUCUAUUCAUAGAAUAUUUGAAUUUAUCAACGAAAACAUCGAAGAAGCCCAGUUCCAAGUCACUAUUUCCUUUAUGCAAAUUUAUAUGGAAACCAUCACCGAUUUAUUGUCAAAUAAACCUCAGCCCAAAGGAGGCCUCCAAAUCCGUGAAGACCCUAAAACUGGCAUUUUUGUAGGUGGCUUAACACAGAAAAUAAUCCAAAACGAGCAAGAACUCAUGUACAUAAUCCAAGAAGCCGCAAGAACAAGGUCUACAGGCUCCACCUCAAUGAACAAAAAUUCUUCUAGAAGCCAUACACACAAUUAAAAUGGCGAGCCAUCCGACUCCUGUACCCUCAGGGAUUACGGGACUAAGAAGUAAACGGGGCCUGGAUAUUGUGUCCAGGGUGGGUUUUUUUACCUUGGUCGGGACACCACGACAAGGUUUUUUACCUCUCACAGAGACAAGAAGACCAGAGCCGAUGUAUCAGGAGUCAAACUUCAGGACUAGAAGGGAAGUGAGGAAGAUCUUUAUGUGGGGAGCUUCGGGGACCUGAAGGAGACUCCGGGAGGCUACUUUUCUCCCUCCCCGGAAAGGACGGCGCCGGGUCACUAGACCCCUGAUCAAGGAGUACCUGGGUGAGUCUCCCUGUUAGAUGGCGACGUCACCAUUUUUUUGGUGACGUCGACAGAAAAUGGAGUGAGCUACAGAGCCAGUGCAUAGGGCGCAAGCUUGAAGCUGGCAGCGCUGGGUAGAGGCUGAAAUAAACCUCCACGACCCGCUAAACUAAUUAAUCUAAUCUAAUCUAGAAGCCAUGCAGUGCUCCAAAUCUUUUUAGAACAAAGGUGGAUUGAAGAAGGCCCUCCAAAAAAGCGAAGGGUCAAGCGUGGGCUUUUAACAAUAGUCGAUUUAGCUGGAAGUGAAAGACUCUCUAAAUCCGGCUCAGAAGGUCUCAGACUAAACGAAGCAAAAAACAUCAACAAAUCAAUUUCUGCGUUAGGAAAUUGUGUAGCUGCAUUAUCUUCAGAUAAUGCUAAUCUGUCACAUGUCCCAUUCAGAGACAGCAAGUUGACAAGACUUCUGACUGAUUCAUUAGGAGGGAACAGUAAAACCACUUUAUAUGCGUGCGUCGGGCCAUCAUUAUUGAACUAUGAUGAGACUUAUUCUACCUUACUUUUCGCAACAAGGGCGAUGAGGGUAAAAACUUAUGCAAAAUUGAAUGAAAAUGUGGAUUACAAAAUAAAUGCGUCAACUGAAGGGAUUAUUCAGAGAAACCAAUUGUUAGAAUGCCACAAUGCUGAGCUGAAACAAGAGCUUGAAUUAAUUCGCACGAAAAUGAGAGAAGCGUCUCCAUCGCCAAUACCUGGAGAACCAUCAUAUUUGACUGGAUUUACACAAGAAGAUUGCAGAUGUGAAGAAAAACAAAGGGAGCUUGUCAGCAAGUUUACCCAUAUGAUUCAAUACUUGCAAGCUGAAAUUGCAAGGCUGAAUAUUGUUAUAGCUAAUAUUCACAAUGAAAAAGGAGAGCCGUCGUACCCAGAAGAGCUGAUAGAAAGGCUGAUGAUGGACCCAAACUUCAGAGAAAAGUACGCAAGCUUGCGAUUAUAA